AUUUUCGAGGGCCUGAUUACUAAUAAUGCCUUUUCUAGUGGAGGAGGAUUGAUUCACUGUAGCGAUGAUGAUGUUGUUGCCAAUCAGAGGUAUUACGAGCUGCUGCCAGAUUCCUUCCGGUGUAGGCCAAUUUUGGCCCGGAGCGGGGCCAUGUCAUGCGCUACGGGGUUGCUGAUUCCCGGCUACUGACCUUUAUUUUGGCACCAUCUCCAACGUCUUCCUCGCAGAUCGGAGCUCGAAUGGCUCCCGCGUUUCUAUUUCCAUCCCCCCGAUGCGAGUCAUUAUAACUGUAUUCGUGGUGAGCAUUGGAGAGCGCCGCUGGUUGUGUGAAGGCGAAGAAGCAUUCCGUCGCACUGCCAGCGCACCGCAUCUUUGUCAUCACGUACACCGAUUGCUGGCCUGGUUGCGCGCCUUCCUUGUUGUUGGUCUUGCUUCGUUGGAUGUGCUGGGUGUUGUGAUGUUUCUUUGCAGCGGUAUUCGAUUGGAGGAGGUGCAGUGGUUUCUUUGUCAUGAUAUGCAAGGAUGUUCAUUCUCCAGCUUGCCUGCUUCAGCCCGUUGACUCUCGUAAUUCUCCCGCUGAUUUGUCUUUCCGCUACAUUCCCAGCAUCAUCGAUUUCUCGCAGUGGUGGUGGUUUCGUUUCUUUCCCUCGUGUAGUCCUGAUUGCGCAAAUUAUCUUUUAGCCUUCUUGCAGCAAUCGCAUUGGUGGAAGUGGUUUUGGUUAACUGCAUGGGUGGAUUAGCUGCGGUCUCGUUUGCACAAUGUUGAGAGUGAGGGAAGUAGUUGGACAACAGCGGUGUAGAUAUCCGUAGCCCUUCGCUGUAAUCUAGCCAGGAGUCCUUCAGAAGCUUACGGGAAGUGGAGACCUCCGUUUGCUGAGAUUUGCGAAAUGACAUCAUGGUUGAGAGAUCUGCUACCGAGGAAAGAGCCAAUGGCGGAUUCCCAUUCGCACAUCGUGGUGAAACGGAAGAAUCUCAUGUCUCUUUUCAGAGAAGAUGAUCGGGCUGAUGCGGAGUCUCGAGGUCUUUCGUAUGACUUAAAAGAUGCAUUGAUAAAGAAAGAUGACAGUGCUGAUGCCAAAGUAGCUCAAUCUCUCUUUGAGCCAGAGAGCAAAUUAGGAUUGCUCGUCCAAGUCUUCCACUUGUGGGCUUGUGGAAGUCAGGCCUCGUCACCUCAUUCUAUCAUCAAGAAAGGUGAGGAUUUCUCACGAGAUUGCUACCAGGAUGCGGAGUUCUCUACUCUUGUUGUGCGCCAUGGCGACUGUCUUUCAGAAAUAUCAAGACUAGUUGGAAUUCCAAUGGAGGUAUUGCAGCGUGUCAAUAGCAUUGCGAAUAUCGAGCAUCUGAAGCCUGGGCAGAAUUUGCGCAUUCCAAGGAAGGUCGUGGCAUCUAAACAUAAACGCUUCUGGGACGACAAAACGAAGGGAGAGAAGCGGGUUAUUGCCAAUUGGGGGGAUACAUUAUGGAGUCUAGCAGAUGAGCAUCAUGUUAGUGCUGACGACAUCCGCCGGUCAAACAACUUACCUCCGGGAUCAAGUCACUUGUACGUCGGGCAGGAACUUAUAAUCCCUUCUCCUGCACAACCAGCUUGCAUGACGCUGUCUCAAGGGCCUCCCUUGCGAUAUUUGCUGCGCAAAGAAAAUCUAGAAACUAUUCCAGCUUUGAAACCAAUUGUUCAAAAUAAAAUUGUAGAAUCAAUGUUGCCGAAAUGGGAACCAGAGCCAUUUGGUCUACCUUGUCACGGUGGCUGGCUUAGCUCCUUCUAUGGAUGGAAAGAUGGGCGUUGGUACUUUCACAAUGGCAUUGAUAUCGCUGUUGAACGUGGUACCGAAGUGAUUGCAUCAACUAGUGGCAAGGUCACAUGGUCUGGAUGGAAAGGAGGAUAUGGGAAAACGGUGUGCAUGGACCACGGCAAUGGAUUCGUCACACUAUACGCACACUGCGACAACUUGCAUGUGCAACCGGGUCAAUUUGUACGCAAGGGGCAAGUCAUAGCCCUCUCCGGCAACACUGGCCAUUCAACAGGGCCUCAUCUUCACUUUGAGAUCCAGAAAGACGGUCGGACAGUGGAUCCAUUGGCAUAUCUUCCACCUCUUUAAUCAAGACCAAUUUUUCCUAGCAAACCUCUGGUUGCUAACACAAGCACACCAUUAACCUUAGUGACUCAGAAACACCGGAUGAGGAACGCCCAAAUGGUUUUGAAGGGCCGCAAGAGGUCCGAAAGAACACGAGUUUCACACUUAACGUAAGUAGGGAUUUGCAUGAUCAGGGGGUCAAUCAGGUUCAGUUGACCCACAUAUUGUCAGAGUAGUGGAAUUGUUUCCUUGUAUAAACGAGGAGUGUAUUUGCUGUAAACUUUCAAAACAGAAAAAAAGGUCCAAAACUGAAUUAUAUGAAACAAGGGCAAUUGAGCUGCCA